AUGGCUGUUGCGGGUUUGCAUAAUGUAUUAGCAUAUUGUCCUCCUUUCUUUGGGGAGUCUCAGUCUCCUGUGUCGAGGACAUGUGGUGAAGAACCAGACCAGCCUAGCACUCGGGCAUCCUCUCUUUUGCAAAUGUGGCGGGAGAUUGAGGGUGAGCAUGUAGUGGGUCAUUCUCCUAGAUCAAGGCCACUGAGAAGUGACGUUUCAGAUUCUGACAACUCAAGUACAAUCACUUCAGAUGGACAACGGAGUGAUAAUGGGGAUAAUUGCUCUGUUGAUGCCAGAGAAAUUGAGAAUCAAGACCGAACGAGGUUAGAGAAUGACCAUGAGGAUGGUAACAGCAUUAUUUCUGAGCAAUCUACUGAUUUGGGAGAAUUUGAAAGAGAACGAGUUAGACAAAUUUUCCGCGAAUGGAUGAACAGUGGUGCUAAAAGUCAUUCUACUACUGGUUCACGUAUGAACAAGCAAUCAGGGCCACAAUGGCUUGCGGAGAACGAAUGCGAAAGGGUGAGAGUCAUAAGAGAAUGGGUCCAGAAGAAUACCCAAGAAGGAAGCAGUUCUGGCUCACAUAGAGAUGGAGUUGCUGAAGUCGGUUCUCAAUUUGAGCAGGUGCGUGACGGCUUGACAGUCAAUCACUCCGAGGUUGGCGCACGGAGGCCUAUUCGGAGAUUAUGUGGCAGACAGACUCUUCUUGAUCUUCUUCUUAGGGCCCAAAGGGAAAGGAGAAGAGAACUUCAGGGUUUGUCCGAGAAGAGGCCAGUAUCAGACUUUGCUCAUCGCAAUCGCAUUCAGGCGUUACUUCGAGGUAGGUUCCUUCGAAAUGAAAGAUCAAUCUCAGACGAGAGACCAUGUUCAAUAGCUGCAACUGAGUUGGGUAUGCUGAGUCAAAGACAUGCAGUAUCUGACCUCAGGGAAGGAUUCCUCUCCAGAUUGGACAAUUCUUCUCAGAUUUUAAUGAACAGCUAUAAUGAGCAUAGAGAUGAACAAGAGGUUAUCAAUAGUCAAUCACAGCUUACUUGCGGGGAAUGGGAGACCACUGUGACUCAUCCUGCAGGAGAUUCAGAAAUGGGAACAGAUGAAAACAUCAUUCAACAGGAGUUUGUUAUAGAAGGUGCUUCUGAAGUAGAGGAGCCAGGAUUGGACGAUGAAGAAAUUUUGCAAGAAGCAUCGAUAGAGGUUGAACAGGCUGGUACUAGACAUUCUAUAGAGAACAAUGACACUGGAACCAUCGCAGAGAAUAAUGCCGAUGACCGAUCGUUGGAAAAUGUGGAUAUCGAUGGCAGUGAACACCUUGAAGGUUUUGCUGAAAAUUAUGAACAUAGAACUCAGGUAAAUUAUGACCAAGAGGUAGCUGGUUAUUCAGAUAAUGUGGAACGAAAUGCAUAUGAAGAAUUUGAUAGGCAAGAUUCUUCAGCUCAAGUGGAAGAGUUGCGAGAGUCAGUAAUUGAGAAUGAAGAAAGUAGCUGGCAACAAGUAACUGGUGUUCCAUUUAGUGAAUGGAUGGAUGGUAGAGGUUGGCAGCGAAACUCUGCUAAUCAGUGGAUUCAAGAAACAUCUGGUAAUGAUGGUGUUGAACAUGGUCAGAUGCAAGAAUCACAUGAAGAAUGGCAAGGUCAUGAUUUGCAAGAGGCUAUUGAUAGUUGGUUAGAUGUGCCUUCUGGAGAGGACAGUGUAACUAUUGAAAGAUUUGGAGGAGUUUACUUCUCAGAUGAUGAUAAUCUUUACAGCAUGGAACUUAGGGAACUUUUCAGCCGGAGACGUGUUUCCAGUCUUCUCCGAAGUGGUUUCCGUGAAAGUCUAAACCAGAUUCUACAAUCACACAUGGAAAGGCAAGGUCAUGCUUCUAAUGAUUGGGAGGACAAUGCAUCUUCUUCUCUUGCCUCCACAGAACAAGUAGAAGAACAGAUAAAUGGUGAUCAAGAUUUGGCUCUAGAUGGCACAGAAAGAAAUCCAUUUAUCUUCUCUUCACCACUUGGCAAUGCUUUACAGCCACUUUUAGAUGACGAGUUGCAGGAUGCAAACUGGCCAUGCAACAACUCUGAACGGCGCUUGGGAAUUGAGUGGGAGGUCAUCAAUGAGUUGAGAAUUGAUAUGGCUAGGCUUCAGCAGAGGAUGGACAAUGUGCAGAGGAUGCUGGAGGCAUGCAUGGAAAUGCAAAUAGAAUUGCAGCGAGCUUUGCGUCAAGAGGUUUCCGCUGCCUUAAAUCGGUCAAUUUUUUCAACAGAUAAGCUUGAAGGCACUGUGCCUAAGGAUGAAUCUCAGUGGAAUCAUGUAAAGAAAGGAAUAUGUUGUCUAUGUCAAGAUGGCCACAUAGAUUCCUUGCUGUACAGGUGUGGGCACAUGUGCACCUGUUCAAAAUGUGCACAUAGAUUGGUCGAAAGCACUGGAAAGUGUCCAAUGUGCCAGGCACCAGUAGUUGAGGCAGUCCAAGCAUACUUUAUACAGUAA